AUGAACUUCUUUGGCGGCGGCUCGUCGGAGGAACAGUCGAACGCGAAUGCUGAGGGAGGCGAGUCGUACGGCGCAGAGAAUCUUUCUCUGAAUGAGGAGAAUGCUUACGGGUCGUCGGGUCAGACAUCCGAGGGGUAUGUGACGGAGAGUGUGGUUAAGAAAACUGAGGGCUAUGGGGGACAGGAGUCUGAGGGGUACGGCGCCCAGGAGAGUGGGGGGUAUUCGGGUGAUAACAACGAGGGGAACAAUGCGGAGGGAGGGAGCGGGUAUAACGCGGAUAGCGGCAGCGGGUAUAAUGCGGAGAGGGGCAGUGGGGAUAACGCGGAGGGGGGCAGCGGGUAUAACGCGGAGGGGGGCAGCGGGUAUAACGCGGAGAGCGGCAGUGGGUAUAACACCGGGGGGGGCAGUGGGGAUAACGCGGAGGGGGGAAGCGGGUAUAACGCGGAGGGGGGAUCCGGGUAUAACGCGGAGAGCGGCAGUGGGUAUAACACCGGGGGGGGCAGCGGAGAUAACGAGGAGCGUGGAAGCGGGUAUAACGCGGAGGGAGGCAGCGGGUACAACGCGGAGAGCGGUAGCGGGUAUAAUGCGGAGCGGGGCAGUGAGGAGAACACGGAGGGGGGAAGCGGGUAUAACGCGGAUGGGGGAAGCGGGUACAACGCCGAGGGGGGUAGCGGGGAUAACGCGGAGGGUGGAAGCGGGUAUAAUGCAGAGGGGGGCAGCGGGUACAACGCUGACGGGGGCAGCGGAUAUAACGCGGAGCGAAGCAGCGGGGAUGACGCGGAGGGGGGUAGCGGAUAUAACGCGGACGGGGGCAGCGGAUAUAACGCGGACGGGGGCAGCGGAUAUAACGCGGACGGCGGCAGCGGAUAUAACGCGGAUGGGGGAAGCGGGUAUAACGCGGACGGGGGCAGCGGGUAUAACGCGGAGGGAGGGAUCGCGGCCACAGCGGCUCCGGCGGGGAGGCGGGCGAGGCGGCUUCGGUUGAGGCAGCGGAGGAGUAAGUCGAAGACAUGGGCGUGGAAGCGGGUGGAGGAUGUGGCGGGAAUGGCGGAAGCGGUGGGAGUGGGAACGGGAAGGUAG